CUGCGCUCUCUCCCUCUCCUUCCUCCCGCUAAGCUAAACCGAAGACGGUAAAGUGUAAACCCUCCUGACGUCUUAAACCCUUGACCUCGCCGCGAAUUCCCAAGCUGUCCUCCGGACUCGCCGCCGUUUUCCCGUCGUUCGCAGCAAUCAGAAGUUUACUGGCGUGAUGAAGGUGAAGAAGCAGAAGCGGCACCGGCGAGCCGUGCGUUUCUUCACGGCUUGUUUCGGAUUCCGGCAGCCGUACAAGGUUUUCUGCGACGGCACGUUCAUCCACCACCUCAUCGCGAAUCGCGUCGUUCCUGCCGAUACGGCCAUCUCCACUGUCCUCGGAGGACCCGUGAAGCUCUUCACUUCCAGGUGCGUUGUUGAGGAGCUUAAACGGCUCGGCCCUUCAUUUUCUGAAUCCCUCGAGGCUGCUCAUAAGCUCAUGACUGCAAGGUGCGAUCACGAGGGGAAGAAGAGUGCAGAAGCUUGCCUGAUAGAUAUAGUUGGUGAAAAUAAUCCAGAGCAUUUCUUUGUUGCUACCCAGGAUGCUGAUUUGCGGAAGAAGUUCCAAGAGGUACCAGGUGUCCCGUUGGUUUAUGGUUUGAGAAAUGCACUCUUCCUUGAGCAGCCAUCAACAUUUCAGCAUGAGUUUGCCAAAAGUUCUGAAGCACGACGCUCUAAGCUGUCAGAGCAAGAGCGUGAGGCUUUAAUAAAGGAGACUGGUCACAUCCUGGAAACUGCAGAAAUAGGCGCUUCUGCAGAUGAACAUGAAGGUGCAAAGCAAGACGUACGCAAUACUGCACUAAAUGUCAAAGAUAGGCCUCAAUUUAAGAGGAAGAGAGCCAAGGGGCCAAAUCCACUGUCAUGCCUGAAAAAGAAAAACACAAACCAAGCAGCUUCUGUAAGCAAGGGGAAUAACGCCGCUGAUGCUUCGGAGGUGAAUAGAAGCAGGAGUAGAAAGAGACCAACGAAAAAAGACGAGAGGCGGAAGUGGCUCUGGUGAUCUCAUACUAGCUGUCUGGGCGAACCUUGAAGUUUUUCCCUAUUCAACACCUAUUUGGUAAUGAUUCAGCUUCCAGGACACAUGACUAUGCUCUUCAAGUCAUUUGAUCGCACACCGUCUGGGGAAGGCUGGAUGUUGCCAUCUUUUACGAGUUGGGGACCAGUCGGGCUUCUCCUAUAGGGCUGAAAUAGCACAGUCAUGUUUAUUUUAGUAACUGUUACAGAACUCUUACAGUGUUAAAGCUUCCUGUAAUUACACUUUGACCUGGCGCUGCCAUCUCGUUCUGGUCAAGUUAUUGUUAUAGGCAGUGGUAGACUGGUAGUGUGAUCUUUGAAACUGUUGUAUGGUCGACCCUUUCUGUGUCUCUUUCUGUUGUGUACCGGCUGUUCAUGGUAUGAGGAAAAUGAAGCUACAGACCAAGUUAGUUCAAUAGUCAAUACAAUAGCAUAAUAUGUACUCCUGCAACGCUAAUUAACAUAAAGAAAU